AUGGCAAUGACAACAUCAAAUCUCAAUUCUACUAAAACUAUUACCCGUCGUAGUACAGUUUCUGACGCAAAAAUAGUCCAUGAGCAAGUCCUAUCGAAAGAGCUUGGCCAAUUUUCACCUUUUAAAAUCAAUUCAACAAAAAAACAAAUAACAAGAUUUCCUAUAGAAAUCAUUCCUUCGAAAACAAUUGGUAGCGAAUGGCAAUCUAUAUCCGACUAUCUUUGUUCAAAAAAUCCAUCUUUUGAAAACAAACUUCGAACCAUUUUACCAUCAACGAUGAAUUUAGAUGAAAUAAGAGAUAUUGCUAUUCUCAUGCAUAAAUUUAUAUCGAUUGACAUAGUGCAAUCUCUCUGGAUAGACUAUCGAAAAUAUGGUAUGGAAGAAAUACAAUCCAAGCGACCAAUCAAUGUAUCCGAUACCAAACUUUCGCAAAAAGAAGUUUCAUCACUCAUGAAAAAAUUAAAAAAUGAUAAUAUUAUUGAUGAAAGUAGUUGUUUAAUUUUUGCCAAUCAAUGUUUACAAGAAUUGUACAAUAAAAAGGAACAUUAUCGACACGAAUUAAAUGUCAAGACCACUCGUUUAUCUGGUUAUAACUUUAGCAUGGAAUAUACCAUUGAAAAAUUUGUACAACAAGGACUUCAAUCUUUACACAUUGAAAUCAAUGAACAUAUUGCCACGGUUCAAUAUCAUUAUACCAAUAUAAUAUUUCAACACACUUAUUUUGCUCAAAAUCCUAAUACAAAUCAAAAUCUUGACGAAAAACAAAAAUAUAAUCGGUAUAAAAUACGAAAGAAUAGGAAAAAUUCAAAAUAUUUUCUAUUGCAUAUGGAUUUCAAUACAAUUGAUUUAACUCGAGCAGAACAAGCUACUUCUUUGUUAAUUAAUAAUAAACAACAAGAAUAUCAAUCAAGAACAUUAUUAGAUAAAAAUAAUGGACGAUAUGCUUAUUUACCUAUAUUUCCAACAGAAAUAUUCAUUACCGACCUUAUAUCAAAUUAG